AUGUCGGUAGACACCGUUGCAAUCAUCUCUCUCCUUUGGGGCUUUUUUAUAAACACCCUCGCCUUUCUUGCUGCCCACACUUCGCUGGGAGCAUAUAUUCAUCACCUCUCUUCCCGCCUAAUGGAGAAGUUGAGGGAAAGCGGUUUCAAAUGGCCCGAAACUCCUGUGACCCCCGAUCGCCAGGAGUUCUUUGAUGCCCUGAAGCAAAUUCGUGAUCUGCAAUUGCAGAACUUGAACGAGCAGAAGGUGACAUCCGAUCUCCUGCGUGAGUUAAGGGACCAAGGCACGAACCAUCAUCCAGAGAUUCGCGAUGUUCUGUCGGAGUCACUUUGUCGUUUGACAACUAUCUCGGAUGGUUCUCACGCAAUUCGCGAAGCUCUGGACAACCACAGGCUUCGGAAGGAUGUACAGGUGGCGCUGGCAUCUGAGGUGGACAGAAUUCUUCGAAAUCUUCCACAAUCGAUUCGUGAGGCAGAAACCCGACCGACGUAUCGGCACCGACGAGUGGCGUCGGCGUGA